UAAAUUCAUUUGUUUUGGGUGUUGUUUUACAUAUGGAUGUAUGAUUAUUCUAGCACCAUUUAUUGAAAAGACUGUCUUUUCCUCCAAAGAAUUGUGUUGGCAUCUUUGUCCACAAUGAAUUAAAUAUAAAUGUAAGGUUUUAUUUCCGAGUUCUCUAUUCUGUUCCAUUCAUCUUUAUGUCUGUCUUUAUGCGAAUACCACACUGUCCUGAUUUCUUUGUAGCUCUAUAGUGAGUUUUGAAAUCAAGACGUCUGUUAAGACCGCCAACUCUGUUCUUUCUCCAAGUUGUUUUGGCUAUUCUGGGUCUUCGGAUUUUCACAUACAUUUUAGGUUCAGUUUGUCACUUUCACAAUGCUGCUGUUUUGAUAGGGAUUGUGUUAUAUCUAUAGAUUAAUUUGGAAGCAAUUCCCAUCUCCACUUAUUUAAAUCUUUAAUUUUUUCUCAACAAUGGUUUGUCAUUUCAGUGUACAGGUCUUUUUUUAAAUUUAUUCUUGAGAAAUCAACUCAGUGGCAGUGGGUUUUGGUUUAUUCCUUUUUAAAAAAUAUUGUGGAUGCAUAUGUUCUCUCAAUUUUGCUUUCAGAUUUUUGGUUGCUGAUAUAUAGAAAUACACUUGACUUUAUUAAUCUGGUAUUCUCCAAGCUUGCUAAACCUGCUUAUUAGUUCUAGUAGUUUUUUGAGCAAUUUCUUAGGAUUCCUGACAUUGUGUGUGUGUGUGUGUGUGUGCGUAUAUAUGUCAUCUGCAAAUUAAGGCAUUUUAUGAUGAUGAUUGUUAUGGAUUGAAUCCUGUCCCCUAAAAUUUUGUGUUGUAAAUCCUAGCCUCUAUGUUUUUUUUUGUAGUUAUAAUCCCAUUUGGGAAUGGGUGGUCUUUGUUAUGUUAAUUAGGCAGGGUUACUGUAGGUUUGUCUUGAGUCAUUGUCUUUUGAGAUGUAAAAGAGUUUAAACGAGCAAAACCUUCAGGCUGAGAUGGGGAAAGAUAGAUGUCAAGCCACAUGGAGAUCUCCAAGGAGCCAGGAAGCUAGCUGAAGAGACAAGGAUCUUUUCCUGGAGCUAACAGAGAUAAAAAAAAAAAAAAAAAAAAAACAGAGAUAAAGCCUUCCCCUAGAGCUGCGCCCUGAAUUUGGACUUCGCACCUCCUAAACUGUGAGAAAAUGAAUUUCUGUCUGUUAAAGCCAUCCACUUGUGGCAUUUCCUUUAUAAAAAAAUUAUAGCUGCAUUAAACUAAGACGACGAUAAUGUCGGAAACUCUAGCAAGAGCUGUUCUUCUCCUCUCUUCUCCCUUUUUUUUUUUUUAAAAUCUGUAUGCUAUUAAGUUCUUGUUCUUGCCUUAUUCAGGACAAUGCUUUGUUAUCCAUCUUACUGAGAAAGUAUUCAGUUUCUUACUGUUAGGUGUGAUGCUGGCUGCAGGUGCUUUGUACAUACUCUUUAUCAGGUGGAGGGAAUUUCCCUUAUUUUCCUAGUUUUUAGAGAAUUUCUUGAGUGUUCGAUUUUGUCAAAUGCUUUUUCUGUAUCUGUUAACAUGAUCAUGUGUUUUUUUUUUUCCCUUUAUUAAUAUGGUAUAUUACAUUAAUAGAUUUUUUUUUUGGAUGCUAAACCGACUGUGCAUUCCUGGGAUAAAUCCCACGUGGUCAUGGUGUAUAAUUAUUUUUACAUGUUGCUAGAUUCAGUUUCUUAAUAUUUUAUUAAAGAUUUUUGCAUCUGUGUUCAUGACAUUUUCUUGUCUCGUUAUGUCUUAUUUGUAGCUUUGAUGUCAGGGUGAUAGUAGCCUCAUAGAGUGAGUUUAGGAAGUUUUCGGUCUUAUAUUUUUGGGAACAGAUUGUGUAGGAUUGGUAUUGUCUUCCUUAAAUUAUUGUUAGAAUUCAUAAGUGAAGCCAUUUGGAUAUGAUCUUCUAUUUGUGGCAAGAUUUUCAAUUAUUCAGUUUUUUUUUUGUUUUUUUUUUACUUGUUAUAAAUCUAUUUAGGUUUUCUAUUUAUUUUUUAGUCAAUUUUGGUAAUUUGUGUCUUCCUGGAAAUUAUCCAUCUCAUUUUAGUUGACUCAUCUGUUGGCAUAAAGUUGUUCUUGACAUUCUCUCAUAAUUUCUCAUUUAUGUAGGUUCUGUUUCAUUUCUGACUUCAUUUUGUAUCUUCUGUUUUCCUGGUCUGUCUAGGUAAAGGUUUUUCAAUUCCGUUGAUCUUUUUUAAGAACCGAUUUGUAUUAAUUGAUUUUUCUCUCUCUUCCCCCCCCCCUUCUUUUUCAUUGAUUUCUGUUGUUGUUAGGUGCCAUCGAGUUGAUUUUGACUCAUAGUGACCCCAUGUGACAGAGUAGAACUGUCGCACAGGGUUUUCCAGGCUGUAAUCUUUAUGGAAGCAGAUUGCCAGGUCUUUCUCCUACAGAGCUGUUGGGUGGGUUCAAACUGCCAACCUUUUGGUUAUCAGCCUAGUACUUAACUUUUGCACCACCAGGACUUCAUUGAUCUCUACUGUGAUGUUUGAUUUGAUUCGGCUGCUAACCAAAAGGUCAGCAGUUCGAAUCCACCAGCUGCUCCUUGGAAACUCUGCAGGGCAAUUCUACUCUCUCCUAUAGGGUACAUAUGAGUCAGGAUCAAUUCGAAGGCAACAGGUUUGGUUAUGGCUAAUGGGUAAUGGCUAAUGAUGUUGAGCAUCUUUUCAUGUAUUUACUUGUUGGCCAUUUGAAUAUCCUCUUUGGUGAAAAUGUCUGUUCAAGUCUUUUUCCUAUUUUUUGAUUGGGUGGUUUUUCUUUUUGCUGUUAAGUUGAGGAAGUUUUUAAGAAAUUUCUGGAUAGAUCCUAUCAGUAUAUGGUUUGCAAACAUUUUCUCGCAGUUUGUCAGUUGUCUUUUCACUUUUUUGAUAAAGUCCUUUGGUGAAGAAAAAUAUUUUUUAUAAGGUCCCAUUUACCUGUUUUGCCUUUUGUCGCUUGGGUGUUUUUGUUGGCAUACACUGUAACCAUUUUUAAGUGUACAUUUCAGUGGUGUUAAUUACAUUCCCAAUGUUGCACAACCAUCACCAAGGAUGCCUCUAGUUUUAUUUUUAUGAGAUUACUAUUGAGGCUGAGUCUAUUUAAUAUGUUUCUGGUUGUUGAGGUAGCUAGCCUCCAAGAUGGACUUCAGUGAUUCCCACCUCCUGGUAUUUAUACCCUUGUGUAGUCUCCUCCAACACUGUAAUAGAGUUGGUCUGUGUGACCAGUAGCAUAUGACAGAUGUGAUGGCAUGUCACUUCUGAGAUUAGAUUAUUCAAUUAGAUUGUAAAAGAUAUGGGACACACUGUCUCAGGUUACUUUUUCUGGGGGAAGCCAGCUGCCAUGUCAUGAGGAUACUCAGCCUAUGGAGAAGUCAACAUAGUGAAGAAUGGAAACUUCCAGGUGAUACCCAGUAAAGAACUGAGACUUAAUAACAAUUACAUGUGAGUCAACUUGGAGGGGAUUCUCCAGCCCCCGUCAAGCUAUGAGAAGACUACAGUCCUGGCUGACAGCUUGACUGUAACCUCGUGAGAGACCCUUAGCUGAACCACUCAGCAAAGCCACUCCUGGAUUCCUGACCUUCAGAAACUGUCCAACAAAUGGAAUCUUCUUGAGCAUGUUUCUCAUUGUUUUGCCAUUGGAAUCCAUGGCUCAUGGGCUCUUCCAUGAACUCGGUAACUGUUUAGGAGGAACAUCUGUUGGAUAUGCAAUUGUGAUUCCCACCAACUUCUGCAGUCCUGAUGGUCAACCAACACUUCUUCCACCAGAACAUGUUCAAGAGUUAAAUCUCAGGUCUACUGGCAUGCUCAAUGCUAUCCAAAGAUUUUUUGCUUAUCAUAUGAUUGAGACCUAUGGAUGUGACUAUUCCACAAGCGGACUGUCUUUUGAUACUCUACAUUCCAAGCUGAAAGCUUUCCUUGAACUUCGGACUAUGGAUGGACCUAGACACGAUACCUAUGUUUUAUAUUACAGUGGGCAUACCCAUGGCACGGGAGAGUGGGCUCUCGCAGGUGGAGACAUACUACGCCUUGACACACUUUUAGAAUGGUGGCGAGAAAAGAAUGGCUCCUUCUGUUCCCGACUUAUUAUUGUAUUAGAUAGUGAGAAUUCAACCCCAUGGGUCAAAGAAGUGAGAAAAAUUAAUGACCAGUAUAUUGCAGUGCAAGGAGCAGAGAUGACAAAGACAGUAGAUAUUGAAGAAGCUGACCCACCACAGCUAGGUGACUUCACAAAAGACUGGGUGGAAUAUAACUGCAACUCCAGUAAUAACAUCUGCUGGACUGAAAAAGGCCGCACAGUGAAAGCAGUGUACGGUGUAUCAAAGCGGUGGAGUGACUACACUCUGCACUUGCCGACAGGAAGUGAUGUGGCCAAGCACUGGAUGUUGCACUUUCCUCGUGUUACAUAUCCACUCGUGCAUUUGGCAAAUUGGUUGUGUGGCCUGAACCUUUUUUGGAUUUGCAAAGCUUGUUUUAGGUGCUUGAAAAGAUUAAAAAUGAGUUGGUUUCUUCCUACUGUGCUGGACACAGGACAAGGCUUCAAGCUUGUCAAAUCUUAAUUUGGAGCCCGGAGUAGAAUAUUACUGAGAGUUCAUACUAUCACUUAUCACCAACUUGCCAUUUUUUGUAUGCUAUAUUUUUAUUUGUGGAAAAUAUCUUGCUACUUUUGUAGCUCCUCUCACUUUGUCUUUUUUCAGGUAAUUAUGAUAUAUGAAAGGUAUUGGGAAUAAGCAUUAUUUUAUACUAAAAGUGUGUAAGGAGUUAUAAAUGCUGAUUCUGUGUGUAUGCAUAAAAGAUGUUAAAAUAACAAUGCACUUUGACAAAUGUUUGCAUAUGUCUCAGAUUUGAAAAACAAACAAAACAGACAAACAAGAAAAACCCCAGUUGUUUAUGCACUGCAGCGGCUAAUGAAUUACUAAUGCCUUUUUUUUUAAAGGCAUAGAUAAGAAAAUGUAGACCAGACAAUCUAUUAUUAUGAGGAAACUACCCAUUUGCUUACUGAAGAGUCUUUUUGAUAAACAGCAGGUUUGAGUCCAAGACCAUUUAAAGAACUACAAACUCUUUUUCUUAGAAAAGGAAAAAGGAAGAGGCCUUUCCAAAAUGAAUGUGUAACUUGCUUGUAGUCAGCCGCAUUCAGAUGUCUUGGUGGCGACCUAUUACCGGUAGAGCAGAGAAGCCCAGAUUACUUUUAUAGAUCAAAUCAUUUUUCAUGUAGCUAAGUGUAAGAGGCUAGAGCCUACAAGUUACUUCUUUGUUCAUUGUUGGGAGCCUCUGAAAGCACUGGUAGUUUUAUGAGUCUUUCUCAGGGUAACGUAAUAUUUUCUUAAUGAAAAAUGUUUCCAGCUAUAAAUUCCUUCCAAAUAAAUUGUCUUCCUUUUCAAAAAGUACUCUUAAAAAAGAAAUUUAGCGAUUUCUCAUUGGCUGAUCCAGGCAAUUUUAAGCAUUCAGAAAGGAUUUUGAUCUCUAUAGAGUUCAUGUUCUUCCAUGAAAAUUAUUUUCCAAAUUCCAUCAGCGAUAACAUUUAUCUUACUUAAGGUCAAGGAAUAGGAAACAGGUUAUUUUUUUCCUUGUAUACUUGUAUUAUGUAAAAAAAAAAAAAAAGUAUUCAGUAUUAGCAAUUUUAGUUAAGCAUAAUGGUGUGGUUAUAAUUUUUAAAACUUAAUUCAGUGUUUUGUCUGAUUAAAGCAGGCACUGAUCAGUGUAUCUCCUAAGAUGUAAUUUACCUCCUGUUUCUUGCCAAUAAUCUUUACAUUCUGGAUUUUCAUCUUUGAGAAAUAAGAGGAAUAGAAUUAAAUUUGGGGAUAUUCUAGUAUUUGUUGUUUAAAUAGUGUGACUUCUUACCAUUGAAGCCAUUUUGCAGCCUCAGAGAGAGGAAGUAAUGCCUCUAUUAUUUUCUGCCUGGUGACUUGAAAAUUGAAGUUUUAGUUAGGAAGAAGUUGCUUAGCAUCAGGGAACUUGUAUACCACUAUCUAUGCACCAUUGUUAUAGUCUGAUUAAUCCUGUGUUUUGAAUAUGACUUUCCUAAACCCUUGAAUAAAGUUUUGGUAAAAAUUAGUUCUUCAUUUAAUGUACAAAUAAGUUACUGAAUAUUUUAGUAUAAUAAAAAUGAUAGUCAUUAAAAAAUGCCCUUGUUUUAGAAAAGUUCAUGCUUGGUGGCAGGUUGGUUGGAAGAUUUCCAGUAUUUGGUUAAGUAUUUUAUAUCAACAUCGUCCAAAAAAUGAAAUAGUACAAAAGCUAAGUGUUAAAAUGAUGAGCUUAUAGCUCCAAAAAGAGUUAAAUUUCUACUAAGCAAAAUCUCCUUUUAAAUUUCUCUCUGAGCCAAUAUUGAGCAAAUUAGCUUUAACUAAAGCAUUUUUUAAAGCAUAUCCCUUUGCUCUGAGAAAGCCAAAUAUAAAAGUAAAUUCUGUAUUCUUUAUGAAGUAGUAAUAUUAAGCUGAUACUAAAAAUCACAUUUCAAAAAGGUAACAUACAGUUUUAAAGCCACAAAGCAAACUUUCUGUUGAAUAUUUUCUGUUAAAGUAUAACCAAAAAGAGUCUUUGGGCUAAAAAUGUGACUUGAGCCAGUUUAUUAACCAAGAAGUUAUAGAAUAUCCAUUUUGAUGAAGUCUACAAAAACAAACAAAAAAUAAAUAAAACUAUAAAUUACUUUUGAGGAUGGGAAAGCUCAAUGGAAGAAAGUAUCCUAAGAUGCCGAUUUUAGAUCAUUAAAGUAACUGAUAGUGUGGAGAAGGAAAAUUACAAGAAGGAUAAAAUGAUUGGUUACUUUCACCUAACGAAAAAACUAGGCCUGACCAUUAGUGAGACGAAUUUUCCCAUGGCUUUCAUCUGACAUGUCAUAUAUUUAGGAAGGAGUUAUUUGGAAUGAGAGGAAUUAUUUUAGAAUAAAACUUUGAUCAUUCCACUAAGAAGAAAUAGGUAACAUGGAGAUAUUUUUCAACACGAUGUUGUCUUUGUUUCUUUAUGUGUUACCUUGCUAAAACCACAAAAGCACUAGCCCCUAAAAACAUCUUUUAAGAAAGUGUACACUGUUAAGUGAUAAAUUUUUCUCACCGUGACUUUUCAGUUAUGCAAUUAUUUAAUUCAAAAUAUGGUUUUGCUCUGAUUUAACCUCUCCCUGGGGAUUUCUCCAUAGCUUUCUGUUUUGCUCUUAAUAAACACAGAAUUCUAUGGAAAAGACCUUUUUCAGAAGACCACUUUUAUGACCAGUGUUUUCAUAUGUUGUAUGCCUUUAAAAAUUAACAUUGUUAAUUAAAAAGCAUUUAUAAUUAAUGCAUUAGUGGAUAGAUUUUUGCUUUAGGUAAAAUCAGCAUUAGAAUCUAUUUGUAACUAUGUAUAUUUUGUUUGUAAUUUUUUUGCUUAAAUGUAUGCUGUUUUGGGUGCUGCGUUUUUAUAUGUAUCCUUUCACAUUUAGAACUUGUUCUUUUUUGAAGUAAUGUUCUACACUACUUUUCCACAGGUGGCGUGAUAGUUAAUAUAUAUAUAUGUCAGAGGAAAAUGGUUUAAUUUUAAGAAUGUGAUUAAGUAUAUUUGAUACUAAAUGCUCAAAGAAGUUACAUUUGUGGGUACUUUUGAAUGCUUCCUUUAUUGUAAGCUACUAGGCUUUUUGGGCAGAGGCUUAUACAUUUUUAUAUUUCUGGUACACAGUUACCCAGAAAAAUGCUCUGCCUUUAUAGGAGGCAUUUAAUGAAUAUUUUUGACCAGAUGAAUGAGUUUAGAAUCCUAAGGAGAAAUGGGAAUAACUUGAUUGUAAAUUAUUCCAUCUUCUUUACAAUGUUACUUAAAUGGAUAUUAUUUCAAGAUCCUUGUUAAGCCUGUAAUUUAGUAAAGAAUAUUAUAGAACCAAACCAAAACCAAACCCGUUGCUGUCAAGUCGAUUCUGACUCAUAGCGACCGUAUAGGACAGCGUAAAAUUGCCCCAUUGGGUUUCCAAGGAGUGGCUGGUGGAUUCAAACUGCUGCCUUUUUAGUUAGCUGAGCUUUUAGCCACUGCGCCACCAGGGUUCCAUUACAGAAUCAGUGAAAGGAAAACAACAGAUCUCAUAUUUGUAGUUAAGAGUUGUUAAAUGUCAGAAUUAAAAAACCAAACCAGUUGCCAUCGAGUCAAUUCUGACUCAUAGUGACGCUAUAGGACAGUAGAACUGCCCCCUAGGGUUUUCUAAGCAGUAAUCUUUACUACGGAAGCAGGUCACCAGGUCUUUUCUCCUGCAGAGCUGGUGGUAGGUUUGAACCACCAACCUUUUGGUUAGUAGCCACUGUGCCACCAGGGUUCCUUGUGUCAGGAUUAGGGUGCAGAAAAAGUAUCAGACCGGUUUGAAUGCAAAUACAGCUGAUGUCACCAAAAAAUGACUUUGUGGGUGAGUCUAUAAACCCUCAUUCUCAUCGUGACUUUUAAAUGAUUAAGAUUGAAUCUUUCAUUUUCCCAUUAUUAGAAACAUCUAGACAGAUUGGAGAUGUGUCACAAAUGAAAAUUAUUUAAAAAAGGAAGUGUGACUCAUGAACAAAGAAGGAAUUUGGCUAUGCAUAUCAAUGACAACCAAAUUGUCAGGUCAGAAAAAUAGGCCUGUAAACAUAUGCAUGUUAAGGACAAGCUAGUAAGUAUUUCAUUUUUGGAGUAUCUUCCCUGUUCUACUUGCAAUAGAUAGAGAUAAAGUAUGAAUCUAAAAUACAAGCAAUAGCAUUGUUUUGGGCAACCAUUUUAUUGAUUAAAGAAGUUUAUGUUUAUUAGGAAAUACUACAUACACCAAAGGUGAUUAGAAAUGGAAAACUUUAGGACACCACAAAGUUUUCUUUUUUUAUAUCUAAUAUAUGAAAGCCAUUUUUGCUUGAUUAAGAAAACAAUUCAUCAGAUUGACCCAUCUUGUGCGAUGCCUGUACAAUAUUUAGAUACUUUUUUUAUAAUUACGAACCUAAAGUAAUGAGAAGUGGAUAGUUUUGGCAAGCUUUGAUUUGUUUUUUGGUUUGGACCUGCUUAUCCCAAGUCAAAGAUUUUUAGCGGUGUGGCAGGGAUAAGUGAGGAACGUGGCAUAUCUUCCUAGACCAGCAAUGUUUACUCCAUCUUAAGUAAAAAUAUUUUUAUAUUAAAAAAACACAUACCAGUGUAUCCAUGAGUACUAUGCAAAAUUUGCGUUAAUUUUUAAUAUAAACCACAAGAAUUCAUAGCAGUUUUAGUCUUGCAGUGAAUUAUUUCUGUUUUAGUCUCCUCACCCCAGAACACUGCAGGUUCUUUGGACACAAUUUGGAUAUUAACGACGCUUCAUGCAGGAUGUUUUUAAAAAAGAAAUCCUUUGUUUUAUGGCUUGGAAUUCGGAUAGCACAAUAAAUUUUCUCUAAACAAAUCACUUUAUCCAUAUAUACAUAUGUAUAUAUGAGUCGGAAUCGACUCAACAGCAGUGGGUAUGUAUAUAUGUGGAAAUUUAGAAUGGUGCCAUUUUAAUGCAAUUUUUUUCUUUCCUUUUUUUAAAAAUUAUUGUGCUUUAAGUGAAAGUUUACAAAUCAAGUCAGUCUCUCACAUAUAAACUUAUAUACACCUUACUACAUACUCCCACUUACUCUCCCCCUAAUGAGUCAGCCCGCUCCCUUGCAAUUUUAUAAGAGAUAUUUGUAGGUUCUUUGGAGUCCUUAUACAUAUUGAUUUCUUGUUCUAAAUGACUGGUAUUUGUAAGGGAAAUGGGGUGGGGAUUUUAAUUUGUAAUCCCACAUCCACAGGCUCUCCCUUCUUUCCUACCUAACAAAAAAGAUACUCCUCUUUCUGUCGAAACUUUAGAUCCCUUUCUUCCUUUCCACAUAAAACAAUUUAUCAAUAACAAUAAAAAUGACAAUGACUAUCAUCUACUGAGUGUUUACUGUGUUCUAGACACUGUGCUAAACACUUCUAUAUACAUAAUUUCAUUAAAUCUUCACAGCCACCUUCUAAUGUAGAUUUAUGAAUAAGGAAACAGAGGCAGUGAACUUAAGUAACUUUCCCAAAAUUACACAGCUAUAUCUAAGAAAUUGGGUCUGUAACUCAGCUCUGACUCCAGACCUAACCAUUACCAUCUAUCAAUUUUGUGUCAUCAACACCUCUAAUGGCACUUUCCCCUUGGAAUACAGUAUGAAUGUUCUCAAGGCUUUUCGGUAGUAAAGAAAUUCUCCCUCGAUCUUACAACAGAGCUUCACUUUUUUGUUCAUAGCCAAGUUACAUUAAAGAAUAAAUAUUCUACACCUAGUCUACAAUUCCUCAGCUUCCAUUUUAUAUCUUGUAUCCAUGGCAAUCUGGGUUCCACCCAUGGUGCUCCACUGACUGCGUCCUGACCAAAUCACCAAUGACCUCCAUAUUGAUAAAUGGAUAUCUUGAUCUCUGGGGCAUUAACCAUUUCCUUUCUCCAGUUUCUCUAUCCUUGGCUUCUGUAAUGCUACUCUUGGUUUUCCUGCUACUUCUCUGGACAUGCUUUUGCUUGCCACACCUUUCUCUACUUAAGGAAUUUUGGUUUUUCCCAUCCCCAGACUCAGCUCAUUCCAUUACCUGCUUUCAGUUACCUCUUUCACACCUCGGAUUUGAAGUAUAUUCACUGAUGACUCUCAAAUUUCUGUCUCCGGCCCAGAUGUCUCUGGCAGUCCAGGUACGUGUACUCAGUUAUAUAGUGAACAUCUCCACUUGAAUUUUUCCCAGGCUCCUCAAACUCAAGUGCAAAUCAGAGCCCCAGCAUCUUAAUCUCCAAUUUGCUUCAUUCUUUCUAUUACUGCCCCCACUUUAUUACCCAAAGCAAAAAAGUCUGCUUCAUCCUUGACCUUCCCCCUUUCUCAUUACACAUACAUACCCUAUUAGCCUCCAAGCCCUACCAAUUGUAUUUUCUAGUAUUUCAUGUAGCCACCCCCUUGACUACAUUCUCACUGCCUCUGUCGUACAAAGGACUUCAUUUCUUUCAACCAGUAGUUAUUGUUAUAGACCCUUAACUGGUCUCUUUUUCUCCUGUCUCGUGUCUGUUUCAAAAUAACCUCCAUGUUUUUGCCAGAACAAUCUAUACUCCCUAUCACCAUAAAGGAUAGAUUCAUUACGUUAGCACAUUAGGCCUCCCUUUAUGGUCUGGCAGUUUUCAACAUCUCUAGGCUCAUUUCUUGCCAUUCCUCAUCCCAAUCAUCCUCUGUCCUGAUAUUUAAAAUCACUUCCAAAUCCCUGAAAAUGUCACGUUAUUGUUAUUUCUUUUUUUGUCAUGUUAUUUUUAAGAACAGUUCCACGUAGGUUGGGAACAUACUGGUCUCUAAGCACAUCAGUCACAGGUGAAGCAGAGCUUGGCUGGGUGAACAGACAGUGCUGGUGUCAUAAAGCUGGCAUGAAGAAGGGGACAUGAUAUAUAUGGGUCAUAGAUUUGCAUUCACAUGAGAUGCCCAGAGAAGAGGAGAAGCAUAAACAGUGAUUAACAGAUAUAACAGCUUGAGUGAGUUGAGUUUUUGUGUCAUUGGUCCCCACGACAUCAUGUUUGGAAUGGGAGGGUCAUGGCAGGUAGAGUGGAGAGCAUUAGAUCUUGUGGACAGCUAGGUCUGGAGGACUAGGACGUGGUCCACAAGGCCAUGCAGCAUUGCCAAGUCUCCUUUAAAUCCAGAGGCAGGAACUUGACAAUCUGAGCUCUACUAGUAAAUAGAACAGUGCUGCUUGGACACCAUAUAUGAAGAAAACAAGAGGUCAUUAAAAAGAUGGGAAAGAAAAAAAAAGACCAAAAUGGAUGUCAGAAGAGACUGAAACUUGCUCCUGGAUGUCAAGCUAAAGCGAAAGGAAGAAACAAAGUAAAAGAACUGAACAGAAGGUUUCAAAGGGCAGCUUGAGAAGAUAAAAGUAUGAUGAAAUGUGCAAAGACCUGGAGUUAGAGAGCCAAAAGGGAAGAACACAUUUGGCAUUUCUCAAGCUGAAAGAACUGAAGAGGAAAAUCAAGCCUCUAGUUGCAAUUUUGAAGGAUUCUAUGGGCAAAAUAGUGAACGAUGCAGGAAACAUGAAAAGAAGAUGGAAUACACAAAGUCACUGUACCAAAAAGAAUUGGUCAGCGUUCAACCAUUUCAGGAGGCAGCAUAUGAUUAAGAACUGAUGAUAUUGAAGGAAAAUCCAAGCUGCACUGAAGGCAUUGAUGAAAAACAAGGCUCCAGGAAUUGAUAGAACAUCAAUUGAGAUGUUUCAACAAAGGAUGCAGUGCUUGAGGUGCUCACUGGUCUAUGCCAAGAAAUUUGGAAGGGAGCUACCCUGUCAACAGACUUCAAGAGACCCGCAUUUGUACCCAUCCAAAGAAAAGUGAUCCAACAGAAUAUGGAAAUUAUCGAACACUAUCAUUAACAUCUCACUCAAGUAAAAUUUUGCUGAAGAUGAUUAAAAAAACAAUUUAUAGCAAUACAUCAACAGGGAGCUGCAAGAAAUUCAAGCCAGAUGCAGGAGAGGACUUGGAAUGAGGGAUAUCAUUGCUGAUGUCAGAUGGAUCUUGGCUGAAAGCAGAGAAUACCAGAAAGAUGUUUACCUGUGUUUUAUUGACUAUGCAAAGGCAUUUGACUUGUGGAUCAUAACAAAUUGUGGGUAACAUUGCAAAGAAUGGGAAUUCCAAAACAUUUAAUUCAUUUUCAGAAAACAUUAGCAAGAGAGUAACAUCUUCAGUGUAAAAUAUAAAUGAAAGCUUGCUAAUUAGGAAAUAAAUUUAGAUGAAUAAAGAAGGAGAUGGUUGUCAUUUAAAUGAACAGCAGCAUCUAGAAAUCCUAUCAAGUUGUUGCCACCUGAUACUAUGUAAAUAAUAUUAGCUUGAAAAAAAAUGCUUUCAGAUAGCUCACGGCUUUAUUUUUGUAUAUAUAUCUCAGCUUAGUAUACUUUAACAAAUAUAUGGAUACACAUAAAUAUGGGCCUGGCUACAUAUUUCAAGUCCACAAAGCAAAUGUAUUACUUUCUCACAUAGUAACAAUAAAUGAAUAAUAAUGAAAUAAUUAAUUGGUUGAUUGAAUCAAAUGGCCGGAAACCUAUCUCUGAGGUAGACAGCAAGGUUAAAAAAUUUCUAAAAAUCAGAUUUCCUCAAAACUUAAAAGAUUUCAAAAUCUGCCUCUACCUUGUCAGUUGCUAACAUUGAAAUAUAUGAAUCAAUAGAACUUUGAUUGGCUACAUGGAUAAAAAAACAAAAAAAGAUGAAUUGCAAUCCAGAAAUUUUGGCUCAGAUUUUUCUGUAUUUAUUAUUUUGUCAAAUGGAGAGAGGUGAGCCUUAAUUGAAUAGGUUUUUCCUCUAAAGAUAUUGAAUCUAAUUCCUGAUUUAGGAUUUAUUAAAGAUCUACAUUCUACACUAAAAUUUUUAAUUUACUUCAGUACACAGUCAUCUAGUCACUGCCUCCUAAACAUAUAGAUUCAUUCUUUCCAUCCGCCUCUUCUCUUCCUUCUCUGAGUUCAUUGAUUUAUACUUAUUCCUAUGUUGAUUUCUAAUUGGUUGCCUUCUUUUUGCCAGAUAAUGGGUAUACAAAACCAAAUAAGAAACGUUUCUGCUUCCGACUCUUUCGGGGUAAUUGGUAAAUAAAUAAACAAACAAAUAAAAACUGCAUAAAACAUAUGAGGCAAUUGUUGUCAGGCACUGGACAAUAGACAGCAUUAAGAUUGUGAUGCCUGAAAAGGAAACUCAUGAGGUAAACUGCACAACCACCCUGACCCUCUGUUUAUUGUCUUCAAGAGUGGAUUCCUACCCAUGGCAACCCCUUGUGUGUCAGGUAGAACUUGUGCUGCAUAGAACUUUCAAGACUGUAACCUUUCGUAAGCAGAUCACCAGGCCUGUCUUCCAAGGUGCCACUGGGUAGGCUUAAACGGCCAACUUUUGGGCAUUAACCAUUUGGACCUGGGACUUGAAUUUCUGCCUGGAGAUAAUUAACUGCAGCACUGUGAGAGGAAGUCCAAGCAGAGAUGGUAGUCCCUCUGAGGAGGAAGAAGUUGGGGUUGGGGUAGCUGUAGCUGCUGGAAUCUGCAGCACAGUGAACUGAAGGAGGGAGCAGAGUGGGAGAGGAUGCAAAGGUGCUAUGGAUUUCAUACUUACCUAGGCAGUCCUCAUAAUUGUGCAAGCCUGUUCCUUGCAAUAAGUCUCUUAAGAAAUACAUAUCUGACUGCUCCCCUUUCUCUGGUGGAAUCCUGACUGAAAAAGGUAAAUAUAUGUAAAUUCAUUGAAAAAGGUGUGAAAGCAUAGAACAUUCUCUAGAAUAGACCAUGUAUUAGGUCAUAAAGCAAGCUUUAACAGAAUCCAAAACAUUGAAAUAUUACAGAGCAACUUCUCUGACCAUAAGGCCAUAAAAGUGGAAAUCAAUAACAGAAAAAGCAGGGAAAAGAAAUCAAACACUUGGGAACUGAACAAGACCCUGCUCAAAAAAGACUGGCUUAUAGAACACAUUAAGGAUGGAAUAAAGAAAUUCGUAGAAUCCAAUGAGAAUGAAAGCACUUCCUAUGAGAACCUUUGGGACACAGCAAAAGCAGUGCUCAGAGAUCAAUUUAUAUGAAUAAAUGCACAUAUCCAAAAAGAAGAAAGGACCAAAAUCAAAGAACUAUCCCUACGAUUUGAAUAAAUAGAAAGAGAGCAACAAAAGAAACCCUCAGGCACCAAAAGAAAGCAAAUAAUAAAAAUUAGAGCAGAAUUAAAUAGAAAUAGAAAACGGAAAAACAAUUGAAAGAGUUAACAAGACCAAAAGCUGGUUCUUUGAAAAAAUUAACAAAAUUGAUAAACCAUUGGCCAAACUGACAAAAGAAAACAGGAAAGGAAGCAAAUAGCCUGAAUAAGAAAUGAGAUGGGCGAUAUUGCAACAGACCCAACUGAAAUUAAAAGAAUCAUAUCAGAUUACUAUGAAAAACUGUACUCUAACAAAUUUGAAAACCGAGAAGAAAUGGAUGAAUUCCUAGAAACACACUACCUACCUAAAUUAACACAAGCAGACGUAAAACAACUA